AUGUAUUCCGAUUCUUGCACUGGACAAAAUCGAAACAUUAAGACUACCCUUUCCCUUUUAAAGCUCGUACAAGACCCGGAUACUAGUAUAACCACCAUAGACCACAAGUUUUUAGUGUCCGGGCAUUCUUAUUUGCCUAAUGAUGGGGAAUUUGGGAUAAUUGAGAGCGCAAGUCGCCGUCAUGGACAAAUUUAUAGCCCGGAUCAAUGGAUUGAGAUCAUGAAAACAGCCAAACGCAAAGAACCACAUUUUGUUGUAACGGAAAUAAAAAAUUCCGAAUUUAAAAGCACUGCGGCAUUAGAAAAAUGUAUUACCAACAGAAAAAAAACAACCUGUGGUUACGACUUCAACUGGCUGAAUAUUAGAUGGCUGAGGUUUGAGAGGAAUCAUCCUUUACAAUUUCAAUUUAAAGAAACGCUCAACGCUGACAUGCCCUUCUACAAAGUAGAUCUAUCAAAAAAGCAACAAGGACGACCAGCUUACUUGUACAAUAUUCAACAAGGCCCACUCUAUCCUUCAGGAAGACCAGUCACUAUUGCUAAGAAGAAGGAUAUGCUUGAUCUUCUCUCAUACAUUCCACCAAUUUACCAUCAAUUUUACAAAAAUCUUACUGUAGACAUUCCAACACGGUCAAGCAUUCUUAAUGCUGAUGAACGUUCGUCUGAUGACGAAAUAACCUACGAUUAA